AUGACCGGUGGUAACGCGGCUCGACGCGAUGCGCCUACAUUAUUCGAUUCGGGCCUACAAGGUGGUGCCGCUAGGAAACUCAACACAGUUAAAGAUAAAUCCAGUGACCUCGAGCCCAUUGUGCCUAGUGAGUCGUUAAGUGCGGAGAAUAACAGGUCGGAUUCCUUUAAUGAAGGGGAAGGCGCUGAAACAUCUAUGAAAGCGGCAGAUGAUAAUAUGAAUUAUCAAAAUGCUGAUAGGGAACAAGCUGAUGCUGAAGCCAUGGAGCAUAACGAGUUGACAACGAUGGCAGCAAGUAAUAGAAGAAAUCGUACGACCAAUUUGGUGUCUGCGAAGCCAGUCAGAAAGCGCGCAAAACUCGUCGGCAAAGUUGCAAAAAACAGGAAGACGAAAAACAAAGUGGUUGUGAAAGCUGAUGCAAACGAGAGAAAGAAAGCAGUUUUGAAACGUAAGACGCGGCUUCAGAUUGACAGAAUCAAGGCAAAUACACCACUUGCUACGCCAUUUUACGUUGAGACUGGAGUCGAAUGGAAUCACACGAACAUUGAUUUUGACGAACUGAAUGUACUGCGUUCGUUAUGGGAAUUGCCUGCUGCUUGCCAUAUUUUAUGGCUACUGCAAAGCCCAUUAACACUUCGCUUUUACAACACAUUGUUAGAGUAUGAGGCUGCACUAUUAAAGCCAGAAGAGAGUCCGGUGUUAGAAGACGUGUUUACUAAAUUACUAUUGAAAAAAAGUGAGCGUAUGUGCUUAAGUGCCGGUAUUGGACUGAAGUACGAGUGGUGGAACAAACAGUUGCGUAUCUACUAUCUAGACAUGUAUGACAAGUGGUACGCACUCUUGCGUAAGGCUGGCGAGCGAGUACCGGAGACAUUUUCGCAGGAUGAAGACGAUGAUGACAGUUGUAUUGGAGUUUCUAAGACCGACGAGCAGGUGGAUGUGGAACUGACGGAUGACGAGUGGCUGACACUCGACAUUCUAAAGGCGCGACUUGAAACACUAGGCGCGGUAUGUCCCUUAAAGCACCAGUCAUAUGCGGACUUGUCUAUCGAAUUGCGAUGCAAGAUUCUUUUAAAUUUAUGCGAGGCUGUAAUAGAUGACCCUGCGAACACGGAAUACAUGCGUCAGAUGGAAGAAGACGAUCUGCGAGUAGAGCCUCUAGGAAAUGAUCGCGCCGGCAAUUUGUAUUACUUUUUCCCGCAAUUUUUUGAAGAACGUCGACUUUAUAGAUUAGACCCCGAGACACAUGAGUGGGGGCUUUGGGUGAAAGGAGAUGAUGCGUUUCGCUUGAUGUUUCAAGCGAUUAAGGAAAUCCGAGGACGAAAAAUUAGUGGCGAACAGGAGCUUUUAAAUCAUCUCGAGGUCAUCGUCGAGCAGAUUGAUGACGAAAAUGAAGCUCGCGCUCGACAGCUAGAGAAAGCCAACCGCUUAGCAAUUCUUGAAGCAAUUCCACGCAAGCGCUCACUUCGUCUUCAGGUGAAACAGCUGGAAAUUCUGGAAAAGCAUCAGGAAGACUUGAAGCAACAGAAGGAAAUGUCUAAGGAGGCAAUUGCUGAAAUGAAACGUGCUGAGUUGCUUGAAAAGGUAGAGCGCGAAGAUGAGAAGGAGGUACGUGAUUUUGAGCGCGAGGCCCGGCGAUUGCACCGGGAACAGCUUGAGCGAGACUCAGCACAAAGUGAACGGAAGGAACGUUGGUUGCGCCGUACCGAGAAGGAAGAACAGGAAGAGAUUUUCGAGCAUGUGGCUUCUAUGGAAGAAUCUAAAAUUUCGUAA